AUGGAGGUGGCCACCGCCUCUUCAAAUCAAGGGGGUGAGAAGUAUGUGGCACCAAGCAAGAAUAAUAAGCGUGUGGAAAUUGGUGUUGGGCAUUUGACUGUUAGUGACAUGGCUUUUUCUAGUAAGCAUAGUAUUUGUAUCGAGGAUUUUGUUGACAAGGUGGAGGAGACCAAUCUCAAGGGAUCUCCAAGGCUAAGAGGCAAAUCUUGGUUUCCCUUACAUGUUAGUUGGGGUUCUGGAUCAAUAAAAUUGGAGGUGGCGGUUGGUAUUUGGCUAGAUCUGUUAUGA